CCCAUCCCCCCCCCUACGUCGACUCAGCCUCAAGAUGCCGCUCUCCCGUUUGACGCGCGACACCGCGUGGACGAACAGGGACGCCAUGCCUCGCAGUUCCCGCAAGCUCACCUCCUCUGAACGCGACCCCCCCGCUCGCCGCGGCCUCCCCACCCACCGUGACCUCCCCUCCUCGCACCGCGACCCUCCCCGCGACCUCUCCACCUACCGCGACCUCCCCUCGUCUCGCCGCGACCUCCCAACUCGCCUCGACCUCCCAACUCUGCAGUCUCACGACCGAUCUCUAUCCCCGCGUCCCCGUUACCGCGACGGCCACGACCGCCACGACGACCGCGGUGGCAACAGCAAUCCCCUCUGCUCCACCUCCACGGCAGAUAUCCUCGGCCUCCGCCGGCCCCCGCGCCAGCGCGACGCCGGGAGGAUGCCGAGACCAGACAGCGGCCGCAGCCGUGAGCGGCGGCGGCUCCCCCACGGGGUCCUCUCGCGCCGGCGCCCGUUCUCCGACGGCGACGACGAUCGCGACGUGUCCAGGCCAUCGGCGGCGGCGGCGACGACGCCGGUGGCGCCGCCGAAGGAAGACGGCGCGAGGUCUCGCCCAGGGCACCCCGGAGAAGGAGGCGGGCGGCCGUCGCGCAACCCACAGCGCGUGCACGACGUCAUGGAGCUCAUCCGCCGCCGCCGGGACCGGCACGAGGAGCUCAAGACGCUCCAGGGGGACCCGGGGCCCGACUCCUCCUCCUCCUUCUUGGCGGCGUGGGCGGCGCCGAAUAACACCGUGGCGGGGCUCCUCAGGCGCAGUCACCGACGCGCCCGCAGCAGCGGGGGCGGCGCGGAGCCGUUCUUGUCGGACGACAGCGAGGCGGAUGACGACCCGCGCCCGCGAGGGCGCCGUGACGGCGGAACCGCCGCCGCCGCGCUGCGCCGCCGUGCUCGCAGCGUGGCGGCGGGGGGGGGGAGGGACGCACGGCGCCAGCAGAGCCCGGAUGGUGACGGUGACGCCCUCCUGGAGGAGCUCCGCCGGAACAGGUUCGGAGUAGCGUGCGACGACGACGCCGCCGGUCGCGAGCGGCCGACGCGUGAGCCCCGCGGCCGGGAGGGAGCCUCCCCUCGCUGCGGUGAGCGCCCUUGCGCGCGGAGCCGCGGGCGGGCGCUGGGCGACGAAUCCCAACUCGGCCGUGGCCCGUGCCGCCGCACCGCCGGCCCCGUCGAAGACGAUGGGACCGACAACGGGAAAGAUGGCGGCGAAAGAGCCGGCGAGGGGCGGCCGCGCCGGCGCCGCUCCUCGCACGGCCCUGAGCCACGCAGGGCACCGUCGACCGCCGCCGCCGCCGCUGGCCCUGCUGCUGGUGUGGCGAGCCGCAGCGUCGCCGUGGCCACGCACCGCGACGGAGAUGGCCUCCCAAAGUCCCGGCCGCCAGCGCGCAACAACGACGAGGAGGAGGAGGAGGAAGUGGAGGCAACGCGGAGCCAGUUCAAGCGGUUGCUGAGCGAGCAACCCGGCGCGACGGGGACGCGGGUCACCGUGGCGACGGGCGGCGGUGUCGGCAAUGAGAGCAGCGAGUACAGCAGCAGCGUCUUCUACAACGAGGCCUACGUAUUCGGCCAUGCGUACGACCCUCCCCGUCAUCAGCACUGCGGCGCACCGGACAGCGUGCCGCUAGCGUCGCCGCUGGUUCCCCGCGGCCAGCGGCCUCCCGGAGCCAACACGAAGGCGGCGGCGGCGGCAUUGGACGAGAGCGCCGGCGGCGACGAGGAGGAGGGCCGCGGCGCCGCCUCGCUGUGCCUGGGCCUCGUGUCCGUGGGCGGGCGCUACCUAUCGUGCGAGGCCUCCGACAGCGCCGUCGUCACCGCGCCACGCGGCACGGGCCCCGAGCAGCGCUGGCGGCUGGACGCGGUCAGGGCGGAGGAGGCCGGCGGCAGCGGCGGCGCGUCGCUGGCACUGCUGAGGAGCGAGGCGCGGGGCGGGUACGCCCGCGUGGACGAGCGCGGGAGGCUGGCGUGCGACGCGGCUCAGCGCCGAGCCGGCACUGUGUUGGCAGUGGAGGCCGUCGGCGCUCGCGGGGCGUGGCGGCUGCGCGCCGUCGCCCGCGAGCGCUACCUGGCGGCGGGCGGGCCGCGUGGGGAGGUGACGUGCGACGGGCUGGCCAAUCAGAGCGUGACCACAUGGUGGCCCCACGUGGAGCUGCACCCCCACGUGUGGCUGUGGAGCCGGGCGUGGGGGAGCUACGUGCGUGCGGAGAUGCCGGGAGCGGCUUCGCGGGGGGCCCAGCUCUACGCAGACGCCGCGGUGCCACACAGCCCCGGCUGCGUCUUCACGGUUCACUUCUCGAGCGGGCGCUACCACGUGGAGACGGACACGGGAGUGUGCGUGACGUGUGGGGCCGUGCCGUGCUCCACAAUGGCCACCGACGGUGUGGCCAGCGCCGUGCACGUCACUCACGGCGUGCUGGCGCUGCGGGACACCCAGGGGCGCCUCCUCUACCCACAGGGCCCACGUCUCCUUGUGAGCGCCGGCUCAUCCCAGGCCAUACGGGACGCCCUGCUGGAGCCGAGACGUGCGGGUGCCGUGGUGUCUCUGUGGACACACAGGGGACACGUGGUGACCAUCGCUCACGGGGAGGAGCUGUAUGCACGGGGCAACAAGGUGGAGCCUCAAUCCCUGUUCCAUCUCCGCGUGGACGGAGAUGUCGCUCACCUGAGCAGCGUCCAAGGGCUCCACGUGAUGCAGGUAGAGGGUGGUAACGUGGUUGUCCGCGACGGUGAUGGAGACUGCGGUUUCACGGUGACUUGGCGAGGGCCCUGCGUAUUGCUGCGCGCCCCCUCCGGCCUCUACGUCACCAUGAGGCCCAUCGGCCAGAUCGUGGCCUCAGCCACCUUACCAAGCCCACAGGAGCUGUUCACGGUGCGCUUGGAGAACCGGCCGCGCCUCAUCCUGCAGGGGCCCCGGGGGUUCGUGGGGCCUCAGGGGGGAGGAGAAGGUGAGGGGACCCUGCGGUGCGACCAGGCGGACUUCACAGCCUUCCAACUGCUGCCCUGUGGAGACGGGGCCUACCACCUCAUCACAGGUGAGGGAGGCCAAGGGGGCUGGGUGGUGCGUGGGGAGGAUGCGGCGGUGGUGCUGGGGGGCCCAAGCCCCCCCUCCCCAUUCCUGGUGCAGCUGCAUGCCCCCCACCGGCUGUGUCUGGUGGCGCCGGGGGGGGCGCUCGUAAAGGGGGCGGCCCACGGGGAGUUGAGCGCCACGGGGGAGAAACCCGACAUCGAGUCCAUGUGGGAAUUCUGACCACAACCCCCACCCCCCAAUGGCUUUGACUCUGACAGCCCUGACCUCUUGGGCUCAUAACACGUGAUCUUAUCGCCCUGCCCUCUUGACACCAAUCCUAAGAGCCCUAAACUCGGCGCUGAGAGCCUUGAUCUAUUGCUUCAACUUAAAUUGGACCUCGACUUUGACAGUGCACCUUGAUCUGACCUCAAUCCUGGAAUUUGGCUUACUUGUACUUUCUGACCUCAACCCUUGGAAGUUGACCCCUGAACUGACACAAAUGUAAUUCUCACCUCUCGAACUCAAUGCAGGUGGUUAUGACCCACAAUGUCAACUCGACCCUUGUAAGUUCUGUCCCCCGACACAAUAAACGUUGAUUGUUGUUCGGAGGCCUUCAUUGUGCCGGUGAAAACAACUGCCGAGGCAAGUGCUGGUACCUCGCACACGAGGGGGUGGGGUGGUCAAAAUCAUGCCCGGCGGCCGCCUUUGUAUCCCCAGCUCUGAUGUUCGCUACACACCGCACCAGGAUUACUCACUUAAGGCCGAGUCGACCUAGAGGAAGCCCACCAUCGGUUUCGAUAUUCACCACUAAUGUUGUCCGUGGCCGGGAAUCAAACUU